UAAUCAACUCUCUGGUCAAGCAUGGUGGAAGAAGGUGAAUCCAGGUCGUUGGAGUACACGCCAACAUGGAUUGUAGCGGUUGUCUGCUCUAUCAUCGUUAUCAUCUCUCUACUUGCCGAGCGUGGACUUCAUCAUCUUGGCAAGUUGUUAAAGCAAAAAAAUCAAGAUGCACUAUACAAUGCCUUGCAAAAACUCCAAGAAGAACUGAUGUUGUUGGGUUUCAUAUCCUUGUUGCUGACGGUUUCUCAACGUACGAUAAGCAAAAUAUGCAUACCGGCACAUCUUGCCAAUUACAUGCUUCCUUGCAAAAGAGAGGAAACAACUACUUCCACAACUGAGCAUUUGGUCCUCAAUAUCGGGCGGCAUCUUCUAUCAGAAGAUAUUGGCGCCCAGCAUUGUGCAAGCAAGGGAAAGGUGCCAUUGGUAUCUUUAGAAGGACUACAUCAGCUUCAUAUAUUUAUAUUCGUGUUAGCGGUUGUACAUGUCAUCUUUUGUGCCACUACCAUGGUCCUUGGAGUCGCUAAAAUAAGUGAGUGGAAGCGUUGGGAGGAGUCUAUCAUCAACAAUGGACCUGCCAAACAUAGGCAUGUUCACCAUCGUCAUCCUCUAUUCCUCACGCAACGUACUAUAGGCCAUUACAGAAAAAAGCCCGUAUUGAGAUGGAUAGUAUCAUUCUUCAAACAGUUUUAUGGAUCAGUGACUAAGGCAGAUUAUAUGGCACUUCGAUCUGGGUUCAUAAAGGAACAUUGUCCCAGUAAUCCACAGUUUAAUUUUUACAAGUACAUGUUACGAACUCUGGAACACGACUUUAAAAGAAUUGUCGGCAUAAGUUGGUUUUUGUGGCUCUUUGUCGUCGUCUUUUUGCUUCUCAAUAUUAAUGGUUGGUACACAUACUUUUGGCUGUCCUUUUUGCCCCUCAUUCUUCUACUGCUUGUGGGAGCUCAUCUCGAGCAUAUCAUUACACGCUUAGCAAGAGAUGCCGUUGAGAAUAGAACGGAUGGAGUAAAACCUACUGAUGAUCAUUUUUGGUUCAAUAACCCGAAAGUUAUCUUAUUCUUGAUUCACUUCAUCUUGUUUCAAAACUCAUUUGAAAUCGCUUUCUUCUUUUGGGUUUGGACUACAUAUGGGUUCGACUCGUGCAUCAUGGAGAAACUCGGCUACAUCAUCACCAAACUUGUUCUAGGGGCAAUUGUGCAAGUACUUUGCAGUUAUAUCACCUUACCUUUGUACGCCAUUGUAUCCCAGAUGGGAAGCAAUUUUAAACCAAGUAUAUUUAAUACGUUAACGCUUGGUCUCAUUACUACCUGGGCAAGUGAAAGGGGGAGACCAGACUCGAAGGCAGCUGAAAGUAGUCACUCCAACCGAUUGCAAAUUCAACCACAAGAAAACGAUGAAAUUAUAACAGUCGAGCAAGGAACAACAUCUGUGCUAGAGCUAACAAGUCCUGUUCCUAUUCAGAGACAAGUAUAACCACUUGGAUUCAUAGUACAUUUGGAAGAAAUUUUUUCCAAAACAUGUAUGAAUGAUUUAUAGUAUUAUACCCCAUUAAACAAUGCUUACUGGUAAGAAAAUUGAUGUCAUUGUAGCUAAUGGCAAUUUAGAUUGUUGAUGUUUAUGGGAAAGUCAAUGACGUACUAACGCUGCAUUCUCGAUUGAAAUAGAAAGAAAAAGAAAAAGAAA